UUCUAUUAAAAUUAAAUAAAACUACUUAAUUGUUAACACAAAAAAUCAUUACAAGCAAAAAAAAUGUAUAAUUCUCAGGGAAAAAAUGAUUCAGAUCCUAUACCCGAAGAGAAGAGCAUUAAAUGUGAUGGUAAUGAUUUUAACACGCAACUAGCAAUUUAUCAACAAUCCCUAAAAACCUCUUCAAAUCUAGCAUCUAAAAUUAUUCUCGAUACAGUAUGGGAAACAAAACAAGACUGCUUUAGUGAUGAAAGAAUGAACAAAAUUUUAAACAGUGCUCAAAGUCUGAUACAAUAUCCUGUAGCACAAAAUACUAGAACAUGGAGAAGCUCACUAAGCAAGAUUACAGAUCCUGUUAAGAUGUUUGAAAAAUCAAUAUAUCAAUGUGAAAAAUGCUCCACAUCACAAAACUAUCAUGGUUUUGAAAAAUUUAUUAGAAAUGAAUGCAAAUGUGAAAUAUGUUUACUUGAAGAUAGUAAUUGUAAACCUGAAUUAGAUACAAAUAGACCUACAAAUAACAUUGAACAAAAUACAAGAGAGAAAAGCAGUAGUAAUAAACAAAAAAAUAUUGUAAAGUCAAAUAUGCCUUCAAAACCAGCCAUCAAUAAACCUAAUAUAUCACACUAUAAUGCUUUCAUAAACAAUACAGGAGAUUUAAAGACUGAUAUUAACACUAAGACAAAUUGGGAGUAUGGUACAAAUGAAAAUAUCCGUCCUCAAAAUGAUUUAGAUAAAGAAGAAGAGGAAAAUAAAGCUCAUAAAAGCAAUGUUGCGAAAAUAACUUUUAAAACUGCUAGAGAAACAUUUCUUGCUUCAAAUCCUAGCGCUAAAAGAGUACUUGGUGUAUCCAGGAAGACUCAAGGCAAAUUUAUUUCACCUAUGAUAAGUGCUCAAGAGAAACAAGAGAAGAGUGAAGCAAUUGCGAGUGAUGACAGACUAAAACAUAUUGAUAGUAAAAUGGUUGAACUGAUUGAAAGUGAAAUCAUUGACAAGGGAACUCCAGUUGCAUGGGAGGACAUAGCCGGUCUCGAGCUGGCCAAGUCUGUGAUCCAGGAGGCGGUGGUAUGGCCGCUGCUGCGCCCUGACAUAUUCACAGGCCUGCGACGUCCGCCCAAAGGCAUUCUGCUGUUUGGACCCCCGGGCACUGGGAAGACCCUUAUCGGCAAGUGUAUAGCAGCUCAGUGCCGUGCAACGUUCUUCAGUAUCUCAGCAUCCUCUCUGACGUCCAAGUGGCUCGGUGACGGUGAGAAGAUGGUGCGAGCGCUCUUCGCUGUGGCCGCCUGUCAUCAGCCUGCAGUGAUAUUUAUAGACGAGAUAGACUCGCUGUUGACUCAACGGUGUGACAGCGAGCAUGAAGCCACCAGGAGGAUAAAGACUGAAUUCCUUGUACAAUUCGAUGGAGCCGCCACUGGUGAAGACGACCGCCUACUCGUGGUGGGAGCAACCAACAGGCCGCAGGAGCUGGACGAGGCGGCGCGACGUCGCCUAGUCAAGCGCCUCUACAUACCCCUGCCUGAUGCUAAUGCACGUGAGCAGAUUAUAACCAAUCUUUUAAGUACCGAGAACAACAACCUGACGCGCCAGGACAUGGCCGAGAUCGCGGUGCUUACUGACGGAUACUCGGGGGCGGAUAUGAAGUCACUUUGCUCCGAGGCAGCUAUGGGACCCAUCAGAUCUGUUCCCCUUUCACAGAUCAUUAACAUAGAUAGAGAUAAGGUGCGUCCUGUAAGUGUUCAAGAUUUUAAGAACGCUCUGCAGCGUGUUCGGCCCAGUGUAUCGCAGGACGAUCUCGGACAAUAUAUAAAGUGGAACAAUACAUACGGUCAAGGCUUCUAAACGCCUUAUUUCUCUGUUGAUUUCAGUGA